AUGCCAGAAACUAAAGGAAUUCUCAAAAAUGCACCAAGGGAUGCCACUUAUAAAAAGGAGCCCUCCAAUGAGUUGGAUGUUGAGAAGGCGAAAUUUGAUAGACAGAAAGUGAUUGAGAACACGCGGAUGAACUCAAAAUUGACGGCCCUUAACGCAGAACAGGGUAAUAUUAUAAGACAAAGACUUGCGCACCAAGCGAAAAUUAGGGACCACCAACUGGCGGAAGAGGCCGCUAAGGUACUAGAUGAAGAUCAUUUAAAGUGGGAUGAGAAGAACAUUUUACUCAACGAACAAGAAAAAAGUGCCACUAUGAAGAUUGAUGAACCCAAGACGCCAUACGAAGGAGGAUUCAACCCAAACAACGAAUAUUACAGGCCGGAUGAAGACGAUACGACAGGGGAGUAUGAAAUGGGAGAGAUAAAUCUAGGAGAGGGAGUUGCUGACGAUAAAAAUGUGGUUCCUAACGAUACCAUCGAGGUUGUUGAACCAGAGGUCGACGAGUCGGUAGAAAAGUUAGUCGACCCGUCGACUGAAGAACUCACGCCGGAGGAAAAACACCGGAUUUUUGAACUGAAGAGAAAGCAACAUUACCAUAUGAAAGGCAGUGUACUUAAAGAGCACCCGUUACCGACGGAAAAAGCGGAAUAA